AUGUCUACAAGCUGGGGAAGAAUCAAUCCAAUCGCGGGCCUUGAGGACAGGUUGUUUCUUGGGACCCUCGAUGCCGCCAUUUCUCCCCGGACGCUGUCUGACCGGCGCAUUACGCACAUAGUAUCGCUCGGCAAAGAGCCCAUUCCAGCAGACAACCCCGCGUCCGGUAUUCAGCAUCUGCGCAUCCCCAUUGAAGACGUCGACUACGCGGACCUAUUGAUCAACCUGCCGGCGGCUUGCCAGUUCAUACAUAAUGCCCUAAGCCAUAGGGGCGUUGUACUGGUGCAUUGCGUGCAAGGCCUUUCGCGCAGCGCGGCAGUCAUCGCUGCAUACCUUAUGUAUUCAAGGCGAAUUUGCCCCACUGAUGCGAUUGCAGAGAUCAGAAAGACGCGUGAGCAAGUAUGGAUCAAUCCUGGAUUUAUGGAACAACUCGUGCUCUUCGAACUCUGUCGAUACGCGCCAUCGCCCCAAGAGGGCAUAUACGUGAAAUGGCGACAACGGAUUCAACGCACCCUUCAGAACACUUCGUCCUAG